AUGGGCUCGUCAUCGAUCGUCAUAUUACGGCUUAUCUCCUUGUUGUUGAUUCUUUCCAGUUGUUAUUGUUUGGAAUGGGAUAUAAUGAAUUAUCCGAACCCAACUUACGGCGACUUCAGGCGAUGUAACAUGCGAACAACAUCGAAUAUAUGUGAUCCAGAUGAAGUGUUGACCGAAGCGCAAAGGAUGCGAUUGAAUCAUGAAUUACAUCAGCUGGAAAGUCGAACUCGACAGGAUUAUGCUCCCGAUUUUUGUCAGAAAAAAGGAAUUACGGCAGCACUGGCUAUUGCUAAACGUGUUCGUGGUAAUUCUGAGACUGUCAAAGAUAUGGCAAAUCAAAUUCUUCGAAAAUGGGCAUUAGAUGGUCAAUGUCAGAAAUCAGUGGUUUUUUUGCUUGCAGUCCAAAAUAAUCAGUUCUGGACAGCGCGUGAUGCGCGGGUUCCUGUAUAUGCGCAAGAAUUUACUCAAAUAUUCAAUUCCGAAAAGCAAUUUUUUAAACGAGGAGAUUAUUUUCAAGCACUGAGCAAUAUAAUACGGCAAACAUGGGAAAAAACUUUAUCAAAGCGAGGGAUUUCACCACCGGCUGGUGUUAUUGUCCCAGGACCGAGUGAUGACAAAAGGCGUACAGGUCUUCUCCCGCGUAUACCAUUUUGGCUUUGGCUUAUAUUCAUCUUCUUCAUUUUACCUCUCCUUUGUUGUUGUUGUUGUUUGUGCUAUUGUUGUUGUCGUCGUAAGGCUAAUAGUGCCAGCAAUAAUGCACGAAAACAAGGGCCCACUAAUAUUGAGAAUGGUGGCAGAGUGCCAGUGGGUGGUGGUGGUGGUAUGAUGCCAAUGGGUGGUGGUGGUGGUGGUAUGAUGCCAAUGGGUGGUGGUGGAAGAGGUGGAGGUUUGAACACUUUCUUGGGUAGCCUUGGAGGUGUGGGUUUGGGUCAUUUAGCCAGUAGAUUUUUUGGUGGUGGUAGUAAACGUCGUGAUGUUCCCGCCAAUCCAGAUUACCAGGGUGGUGCUGUUUAUCCCACAGCACCAUUCCAACCUACUAGAGGUUACGAAGCUGGCACCCGUGGUACUGGUACGGAUGGCAAACAACUUUACCCUACAAUUUCUGUGGUUGAUGCAGGUGGCGGAGGAGGAUGGUAA